AUUUUCAUUUCAUCGAUGGGACCAUGGUGGUGGGGGCAGGUCUCGGCGCCGCUGCUGUGCGCGCUGGAGCUGGGCCUGGGCGCCGAGAUAUUCAACUCGGCGGAGGUGGUCCAGUGGGAGAGCGGCAAGUCCGUCAACGCCAUCGCCGCCGCGCAGGGCAUCCGCGUGCGCCGCCGCUGCCGCCCCAGCCACCCCUCCGAGGGCGUCGGCGCCGACAGGGCCGUCCCGCGCAGCGUCCUCGAGCAGAUCGUCUGGGACAAGGAGGUCGAGGUGGCCCAGCGGAAGGCCGCGGCGCCGCUCCACAGGGUCACCGACUCCGCGCGCCGCGCGCCGCCGCCCAGGGACUUCGCCGCCGCGCUGCACGGCGCGCGCGCACGCAACGGCGGCGUCCCCGCGCUCAUCGCCGAGGUCAAGAAGGCGUCGCCCACCAGGGGCCUGCUCAGGGACAACUUCAACCCGGUCGAGAUUGCGCACGCCUACGAGAAGAAUGGCGCGGCCUGCUUGAGCAUCCUCACUGACGAGAAGCACUUUCUGGGGAGCUUCGAGAAUCUGCAGACCGUACGCAACUCCGGAGUGAAUUGCCCUCUACUCUGCAAGGACUUCGUCAUCGACAUCUGGCAGAUCUACUACGCGCGGUCGAAAGGAGCCGAUGCGAUCCUCCUGAUCGCCGCCGUGCUACCGGACCUUGACAUCAAGUACAUGCUUCGAGUUUGCAGGAGUCUCGGAAUGGCAGCUCUUGUUGAGGUUCAUGACGAGAGGGAGUUGGAUCGCGUACUGAAGAUAGACGGUGUUCAACUUAUUGGCAUCAACAAUCGCAGUCUAGGGACAUUUGAAGUCGAUACUGCAAACACAAACAUGUUGUUACAGAAACGUGGUGACAUCAUUAGGAAGAAGAAAAUAAUGGUUGUGAGCGAAUCCGGGUUGUUUACGCCUGAUGAUGUAGCAUAUGUCCAGAAUGCUGGUGUUGCAGCUGUUUUGGUAGGAGAGUCCCUAUUGACACAGGAAGAUCCUGGUCGAGCAAUCGCUGGGCUGUUUGGGAAGGAGCUCUUACUCUAACCUGCUUCCCUUGUGCUCUAGCUAAUUGUCGCAUGUAGGGCUGAUACGUGGCUUCCAAGCGUAAAGAUUGCACAGGAUGUAACCGUGAACAAGCCCUGUAUUUAUAGAAGUGAUUCACCAAUGUUCCCACUUCUUUGCAUGAAUCACGAAUGCGCAUUGUUUUCAAGUGUUCAGUGCAUAUGUUGGAAUAUCAAUUCUGUUCUGGUCUUGUGAUGCCAGAGGAUUUCUUUA